CAGGGUUAGAUAGGCGGCUAGGGUUUUGACUUUCUUAUGCUACCAAAAGGCUUAAACCUCCCAUUUGCCUCUCCACAUUCCCUUCCUUUCUCUUCUUCGCCCUCUUAUUAAAUACCGGUGAUCAAUCUCCUAAAAGAUCAAACUUUCAUCAACCCCCUAGUUUCUUUCCAACAUUCUCAUCUGGGUCUUCCCAAUUUUUUGAUUUCAUCUUUCUCUCUCUCAGAAGCUGUCCACAGUCUAGACUCUUACCUUUUCUUUAUUGUCUGUUCAGUAUUGAUCAUUCGAUUAUUGAAUAUCAGUGUUUUAAAUUUGAUAAAGUUAUUGAUUCAGUUUAUUUUGGGCUUGAAACACUACUGGUUCUCUAAGUCCAUUAGCGAAGAAUCAAAUCAAGAUAGAAUCAAAAUUUGAUUGAAUUUGAUCAAAAUUUCGCCAUGAGUUUCUCUGACCACAUUCCAUCUUUUAUGAUGUCACCGCCGUCAUUUUCGACAGACACAGAUGCCAUUGAAGUGAGGCUUCAAUUUCCAAUGAACAACGAGGAGGAACAUUCACAACAGGAUCAACCCCCUUCGUUCAAGAGGGCAAGAAUUGGUGAUAACAAUCACUCCUAUCCAAUGGCAUGCCCUCCAAAGAUGAUUCAGAACCCCAAUUUUAAUAAGGGAACCAGCCACAUUUUCUUCAAGACUCGCAUGUGUGCAAAAUUCAGAGUUGGGGCUUGUAGGAACGGUGAUAAUUGCAACUUUGCACAUGGAGUUGAGGACAUGAGGCAGCCACCCCCGAACUGGCAAGAGCUUGUUGGAUUGCGCAAUGAGGAGAGGCUACCCUCCGGGAAUUGGGAUGAUGACCAGAAAAUUAUACAGAAGAUGAAGCUGUGCAAGAAGUAUUGUAAUGGGGACGAAUGCCCCUAUGGUGAUAAGUGUAGUUUUCUUCAUGAAGACCCUGCCAAGUUCAGGGAUGAUUCGGGGAGGUACAGAGAGAGCACAGCUAUAAACAUCGGAACUAAUGGAUCUCCCAAGGCAUAUGGUGAUCCUUCAAAUUGUUUAGAGAAUAAUAAGGUUGUCAACACUGGCUUAAAUGUUUCCCGCUCGAAUGUUAAGUCCACUUAUUGGAAAACUAAACUGUGCAUCAAAUUUGAGACAACAGGGCACUGCCCCUUUGGGGAUGACUGUCACUUUGCUCAUGGGCAAGCAGAGCUACAAUUUCCUGGUGGACGCAAUGAGGCAGAAACUGCAGGUGCCGUUCUAGUUUCAAAUAAAGCUACCAUUCCAACCUUACCAAGAGCUACACCAAUUCUUUCUAAUGAUGCUCCUCCAAGCCAGAGAGCAAGUGUGCCUCCUGCAAAUGAAGAGGAGCAGGGCAAGAAGCAUUUACUGAAGUGGAAGGGACCCAAGAAAAUCAACCGAAUUUAUGGUGAUUGGCUUGACGAUUUACCACUAGGUCACAACUUGCCAGGUAGAGUUGGAAUCUGAUUUGAAGUCUGUGCUCUUGAAAAGUCUCAACAAUUGGAUUAGGAGAUUGAAUUCUUCAUUGCAGACAGAAUUUUGAAGUGUGAUCAUUCGUUGAUGGUGAUCAGUUCAUAGAUUUAUUUGUUCUUACUUAUUUUUUCUAUCAAUUGUUAUAGUUUUCUUAUUCUAAUUAGAGAUGUGCAAUCUCAUUGUACAUUGAGGUUUUGAUGGAUUUAGGACUUUAGCCAAAUUUGUGAGAAGAAAACCAAAUUCUGAGUUGUGUGCAUCCUGAUUCGGGUUCAUCAAUUGUCAAAUUUUCUGGACCGAACCCAGGUCUUAAAUAGUUAAACUAUAGUAUUCUAUUUUUACU